AGAGUGCUGGCUAGGGGACUGUCUUCCCCUUCCCCUUCCCUUCCCCAUCCCCCUCAGUCAGAUUAAAACAGAUGGCAGAGGGACACAAAAUAAAGAGCAAACACAGAUGAGUGACUAAUUCUCCGAAAGGAGCCAAGAAAAAAAAACAACGCACAGCAACAAACCCUCAACUUCAUCAUUAGAAGCACCAGCAAGGAAUGCAUAAUUACUUUCUGAACAUCAUUCUUCCAUAUAAGUAAAUGCAGAGGUUGCUACAGACUUGACGACAGUAAGUAGGAAAGGUAUCCCCUGAGCAGGGUUGACAAGCAGCAAAGGAGUACGCUGCAACCCAACAGAUCUAAGCAGAGAACAUGGCGAUUGAAAAGAGGAGAGCAUCACAGAUUAACCCCCCCCACACACACACAAUGCAGCAGCCCUGCUGACCAUGCAGGUUUUACAGAGCACUGUACUCAGUCAACAGGUGCAGCUGAAAGACAGCUCUGGUGGUACCUCUGCAGGAACUACCCCUGGAACAGAACUCCUCUGAUCCCCUAUUAUCUGGGUUUAUCACACACAGGACUGAAGUAUCUGGUGUUUUGCAGGCUGGAAAACACAGAGUGUCUGGUGAUGCUGGCGGGGUAGCACAGGAAGAACCACAGCCUUCUGCAGGGAGACGUGCCAAAGGAACCACAGCCAGCACGCUGCAAUUCAUGUGGCCUCAGUAGAAACAUGAAGUGCAACAGAAGCACAACUCACUCACUAUAGUCCAGAAUUGGAUAGUGGAAACUCCACCAAGGGGCUCAUCCAGUAGAGCUUCCAUGCACAAGAAGCUGUACACCAGAACUCACAAGAGGAUGAAACCCAGCCUGAUCUUCCUGUAACUUCUACUGGUAAAGAUCACCUUUAAAAGGGAACAUGGAUUUAAUAAACUCAACGGAACAAAACAGUACAUCAGAAGAACUAUUCAAGUGGGUGACAUCCAAGAUUCUAAUUUCCAUUACCCUGUCUGUGCUUGCGCUAAUGACAACGGCCAUCAAUUCUCUGGUGAUGACUGCAAUAAUUGUGACAAGAAAACUCCACCACCCUGCCAACUAUUUGAUCUGCUCUCUUGCAGUGACUGAUUUCCUUGUGGCAGUCCUAGUGAUGCCCUUCAGCAUUGUCUACAUUGUAAAGGAGACUUGGAUCAUGGGGCAAGUAGUGUGUGACAUUUGGCUGAGUGUGGACAUUACAUGUUGCACGUGUUCCAUCUUGCAUCUUUCUGCCAUUGCUUUGGAUCGUUACAGAGCAAUCACAGAUGCUGUGGAAUACGCACGGAAAAGGACACCAAAGCAUGCUGGUAUCAUGAUUGCAGUCGUAUGGAUCAUAUCCAUUUUUAUCUCCAUGCCGCCUUUGUUUUGGCGGCACCAGACAACCAGCAAGGACGAUGAAUGCAUCAUCAAACAUGACCACAUUGUUUCCACCAUUUACUCUACAUUUGGCGCCUUCUAUAUCCCCCUGGCCUUGAUUCUGAUCCUUUAUUACAAGAUAUACAAGGCAGCAAAGACCUUUCACAGAAGAAGUGUCAGCAGGAUAGUCAGGGAGGAGGUAAAUGGACAAGUCCUUUUGGACGCAGGUGAGAGAAGCACCAAACUGACUUCAAUGCCCAGCACAAUGGAGAAGACAUCAGAUCCACUGGUGGACUGUGAUAAAAUCAACGUCAGCAUACGAAGCCCCAGAUCUGAAUCUAAGCAUGAGAAGUCUUGGAAAAAACAGAGAAUCUCUAGUACAAGAGAGCGAAAGGCAGCAACUACUCUGGGUCUGAUCCUGGGGGCUUUUGUGAUCUGCUGGCUCCCUUUUUUUGUAAAAGAAGUAGUUGUGAACACCUGUGAAAGUUGUCACAUUUCAGAAGACAUGUCUAAUUUCCUAGCAUGGCUGGGAUACAUUAAUUCCCUUAUUAACCCUCUGAUCUACACAAUCUUUAAUGAAGAUUUCAAGAAAGCCUUCCAGAAGCUUGUGCGGUGUAGGCAAUAUCUUUAAGAGCUUUUGUUCAUAUAAGCAAAACAUACUCAUUGCUUUUUUUAAAUGUGUAUAAAUUUAUAUAACUGAGAACACAUUUGUUGUAUUUAAGGAAAAGCACCAAGACUCUGCAUUCAUAUUAUGACUCUUUUAUAUCAGUAGCACUGGGAGCACAAAUUGCCCAAGUUUUAAAGAGAUGGAUCUUCCAGGAUCGGUUUUGCUCUGAAGAAAGAGGUAGAAUAUAUUCAUUGAGGCCCUGACCGUGCUGGCAUUUGCAGAGCUGCUUAGUUUGAAGCAUAUAGGUAUUAUAUUAAAUAUGAAGGAAAUACACACUCUUGAAGUAGAUAAAAGAAACAAAUUUUUAAAAAGAAGAAAAAAAAAAGCAACCCUAAGUGACCGAUGAAGUUUUAAGUAAACAACAAACAGAUACUGAUCCCUACUAUCAGUAAAAUGGAAAAUACAACUUCACAGGCCUGCAGCACAGAGCCAAGCUAUUUUGAACAAAGGGUGGCAGCCUUAAAUAUUCCUAGUAUUAUGCUAUAUUGACUAGUUGAGUUCUGCUCUAGCCCUGCCCUCUCCCAGGACUUUCACGUGUUAUGCCCUUGCAGUGCCCCAGUAGUAGGCAAGACACUUUCACAGCCCAAUAGUUCAUAGUAAACCAAUAUUAUGUGCCCUCUGCCAUUGCACACUCAAGACACACAUGGCCAUAGCCCCAAGGGAAUGGUAUGGUAGUCAGUGUACCUCCAGUGAUUAGGGUCU